GGAGAGCCUAUAACUUUCUGUGAGAGUAGUUUUGUGAAGCAUCGUUCCAGUACUACUAAGCAGUUCCUGGAAACUGCUGUUAAUCUUCAGUUGUUUAAACAGUUUAUUGAUGGUCGGCUAUCAAAAUUAAAUGCAGGAAGAGGAUUCUCUGAUGUUUUUGAAGAAGAAAUCACAGCAGGAGGUUUUAGUGGAGGAAAUUCAAGAUCUUACCAGCAGUGGAUGCACACAGUGAAGAAAGGCAGUGCACUGAUCAACACAGCAAUGACCAAAGCCACUCCAGCUGUGAAAACAGCAUAUAAAUUUGCAAAAAAUCAGGCAAGGCAAGGAAUAAAAGAAGUGAAGAGUAAGUUAAAACACAAGGAGAGUGAGGAGGAGUAUGGAACUUGCAGUGCUGGUGCAGUACAGCCUGCUCCUGUCUACACCUUGCAUUAUGAGAAGAGAGCAAACUCAGAAAAACGAAGACUGGCACAGACUCGUUUCAACCAACGUCUCAGUAAUCAGGAUGCCUUGGAUGGAGAUGAUGAUGAUGAAAUGGAGAGAACAAGCAAGUUAUCAUCAGAAGACAGUGAAGAAGCUUCUGCUUACUUUUGUGAUAGUGAUGAUUCUGGUGAAACUGGAAUAACUCCUCAGCAUCAAGGAGAAAUGGACUUGCUUGGGGAGAUUUUGGACACGCUGAGCACACACAGUUCAGAUCAAGGAAAGCUCUCAGGAGCAAAGAGCCUGGAUUUCUUUAGAUCAAUGGAUGACAUUGAUUACAAGACUGCGAACAAGUCAAAUGCACCUAGUGAGAGCAACCUUACCCUGCUCUGCAGUGCUAAUGAUCAAGCAGAGUGGAACCUUGGUCAGGAUGACAGUGCCCUCCAUGGGAAGCAGCUCCCUCCAUCACCAAGGAAGCAAGUUUCUUCUGGUGGCCAUAGAGAAUCUCUCUCAAGGCUGGAAGAAGAGAGUAGUGACAAAACCUUUGUUGCUGACAAGAUGGACACCACUAGUAUGACAUCCCCAUCUCCAGUACGAUCAGGUGCUCUGUUUGCUUCUCUAGAAAGUUUCAAAGCAGGAUAUUCUUCCUAUAAGUAUGCAGAGCAGAAUGAAACACUAAGCAAUACCUCAGAAGAUCAGCUUCCAGCAAGUCUUGCUCAACAUCCAUCCAUUCUGGUCCCUUGGGAGAAAGAUGGGAAUGAAGGAGAUGAAACUCCAGAAGAGGGUGGGCUUCUUCAAGAAGUGGUGUCAUUAUGUAAACUGAGUUCUGCUUUUAACUAUGGUUUAAAUAUUUCAAAAGAUAGCUUAUCCAGCAGUAGCAGUGGAAGUAAAACGUAAAAAAACCUAUGAGAAGCAAAACUUGACUCCCAUCAGAAGGUAAAGGGAGACUACUCAGGACUCCAUGUAAC